AGGGAGUUAGUAGUUCAGCACCAGUUCCACGAGUAGACAAUAUUGAACAUUCAUUCAGCACUGACGUUGCAUAAUUGUUACCACAGCAGUACUCGCUACUAGUCGCAAUGGCCAGAGCCGCGCUUCUCGCGCUCUCCUUUGCGCUGCUGGUGGUGGUCGCCAGCGCCGGGAGCGCCAUCACGAGCACGACGACGAAUGCCAAGCCCGACCCCACGAGCAAGAAGGACGACGGGCUCAUGACCGAAAUCCCGGCGGCCAUCGCGAAGGCGGCAGCAGCGGGCGACGCGGCCGGUGUGACGUACGUAGACACGUCGCAGGAUACUUUCUUCAUGGCGGACGUGAAAAAGGCCGGGUGGAACGCGCAGAAGUGCCCCCCCGGUUUGAACAAGGAGCUGGCGGGCGCGUGCACGCCCAAGAACUGCUCCAAGGGCGGCAUCGCGGCCAAGUGGAAGACGGCGUACCUGCAGAAGAACAAGCUCGGGUACGAGCUGUACGUGCCGGGCAACCCGCUGACGGUGCUCAAGGCGAACCCCGCGUCGUGCUGCAACACGUGCGCGUCGACGCCGCUGUGCACGUACUGGCAGUACAUCCCCGACAUCACGAUCGACGGCAAGAAGGGCAAGGGCGCGUGCUACCUGAUCCACGACCAGAUCGACUUCACGUGCGGCGAGAUGACGGCGCAGUACAACACGGAGACGAAGCCCGUGCCGCUGCAGGUGCGCAUCGGCGGCGAGUGCAACCCCGCCGCGAAGAUCCUUAACGACCCGCACCUGGUGGGCGCGCACGGCACGCACUUUGACUUCAACGGGCGCCCCGACAAGGCGUUCUGCCUGCUGACGGACCGCAACCUGCACGUGAACAUGCUGCUGCGCGGGUACUACGACGAGCGCACGGACAACGCGGCGCUGGUGGUGGACGGCAAGGCCGUGCACACGUGGAUCAAGGAGCUCGGCAUCGUGUGGACCGCCGGAGCCGUGGACCACAAGAUCCGGUUAGCGGCGCGCAGCGGCAAGCAGCAGGAGCGCGGUGCGGGGUUCAUGAGGAGCAUCGAGAUUGACGGCGAGGAGAUCCCGCGUAUGCAGGUGGGCGACACGGUGACGAGCGCGGGCGGGCUGACGAUCCAGUUCCGCGCGCUGGAGAAGGAGGGGCCGUUCGACGUGGACUACUACCUGCUCUCCAUCGACGGCCUCAUCUCCCUCGACCUCCGCCUGCGCGUCGCGCACCCCAAGCUGCAGAUGCCCAGCGACGCGGAGGCGCACAUCAACGUGGGGAUCGCGGAGCUGGAGCACACGGACGACAUCCACGGCGUGCUCGGGCAGACGUACCGCGACGACCACGCGCAGCGCGCCGCCGACUUCCAGAAGCUGAUCGCGAGCCUGCACCGCCCGAUCUCGGCCGACGGCGCGGAGGGCCAGGGCUUCCUGGACGGCACGCCGCGGUCGUACGAGGCGAGCGACGUGCUCGCCGUGGACUGCGCGUACACCGCGUAUGGGCGCGCCCGGCAGGUGAUGCCCGUACAGCAGUUCCCGUAAAGAGCCGACUCGGUAGAAGGGUCAGAAUUGUAUUGUACAGUGGGCUGAUUGCUAGCUUCGGUGGGCUGAUUGUUAGGUUUCGUUCGGUGGGCUGAAUCCAUGUGGGCUGAAUGGUAGAUCCUCGGUGCUAAGCCUCAUCGCUGUAUUAUCAUCUGCCAUAAUGUGAGUUUCCUAUUCAUUCGUUUGCUACUUCUCUCGAACCUUGAAUACGGGGUUCUGGUCUGACAGAAUCUUGCUAUGGUUGUGUAUGCUUUCAAGCCUUUGCCUUGUACA